AUGUCAAGCCAGUGCUGUGUAGCAGGAGAAAUCCACCAAGGAACCCCGACAGGAAAAGUGGCGAAGGUCCAUGGACUCGAUUGUUACGUUGCCGAGCCAGCUCAGGGUGUCUCGCCAAAAGGCGUAAUAGUAAUCUUGCCAGAUGUGUUUGGAUGGGAGCUUUCAAAUAAUCGGAUACUUGCGGACAACUAUGCCCAGAAGGGGGAAUGGCUUGUGUAUCUGCCCGAGUUCAUGGCUGGCGGUCUUUCUGCACUCUGGCACUUGCUAAAAUGCAUAUGGUACAUCAUCCCCUUUCGCAUUGCCACACGGCCUUCGGUUAUGCGUCCCCGAAUCUUCAACUUCUUCCACGCUCUCCGAAAGGACGAAGCAGCACAUAUCCCUCUUGGGGCAGCUGGAUUCUGUUGGGGAGGCAAAUGGUCCACAAUUCUCGCCUGGAACACUGAACAAGGGGAAUCAUCCGACAAGCCCCUCGUAGAUGCCACAUACACCGCGCACCCCUCCCAACUCACCAUCCCUUCCGAUAUCCAGAAGAUCCAGAAACCGACGAGCAUUGCCGCGGGGGCUUUAGACAAGCGAUACCCGAAGUCGCAGGUCGAUGAAACCGAAGCCAUCCUACGCGCUAAGAUGGAAAAGGGCGAGGGUGAGCAUGAAGUGGUUUGGUAUGAAGGAGCAAGACAUGGGUUUGCGGUCCGAGGAAGCCAGACGGAUCCAGUUGAGAAUGAGAAGGGGAUGCAGGCUGAAGAGCAGGCGGUCGGUUGGUUCCGGAAGAUUUUUGCUAUGGUUGAGGAUUGA